AUUAACAGGUCUACACUUGUUUGAAAACGAGGGACAGAACUUAUGGCAUGACUAUGUAACAUAAUAGAGAUUUUACAUUUAAAAAUAUUCUUAAGGUCAUAUGGUUCUAAGUCCUUUAACAAGUGAUGAAUACUCUCUUUAUAUUCUUUUAUAUCGGACAACCGUUAAUUUCUUGUUGUAACUUAUUAUAUAUUUUGGUGCAGCUGUAACGGACAUUUUUUUCGGUAAUCGUGAGAUGAUGACUGGAUACAGAAGAUUUAUAUUUCUAUUUCUUGUGUUAUAAUCACUUUGUGGAUUACGAAUAAAAUUGUCAAUGUUUUUAAAUGAAAAAAAUUAGUAUCUUUUGAAUGUAUGUAUAUUGCAGCUACUGUUAAAAUUUUAUAACUCUUAAAUUUUCCUCUGCUAGACUCUCUAGAGGAAAUUUUUAGGAUGGACCUCAGCACUCGCUUCUGCACUAGAAAGAUCCUAUUGGUAUGGACACUAUAUCUGAAAACAAUUAUUCCAAAACGUGCAAUUGACUCUAAAUUCGCGUAAUAUACCAUUUUUAGUGUAAUCUAAUGCUAUAACAUGCGUUAUUUAACCUUUGUUCUAGAUGUCCUCUAUGUUUAGCCCAGGAACGUGCUUGGUCAAUAUGAACUUCCAAGAAUUUCCCACAGUCUGUUAGCUGGACUUCUAUUCUUUCUACUAAAGUGAUGUUUGUAGCUUCGAUUUCUUUUCUUAGCUUAAAAACAAUCGCAUUUGUUUUUGAGGUAUUCAGGGAUAAUCCAUUACGGGCAAACCACAAAAACGCUUUGUCGCAGAGGCUCAAAGUACUUUCAGCUAAAUGGUUGAAAUCUUGGCCAGAGACCAGUACACUGGUGUCAUCAGCGUAUUGGAUCGUGAUUACAGUAUUUGGGCUUGUAAUACUAGCACACAGAUCGUUCACAAAAAUCAAAAAGAGAAGAGGUCGUAAGACGCUACCUUGUGGAAUACCUCUUUCUACCGUUAACUGUGAUGAAACGGCUGAUAUUUCAUCUUUUGUAAUGGAAACACUUUGCUUACGAUCUGUCAGAUAAGACUUAAUCCAGUUGCAAGCACUUCCCCUUAUCUCGUAUACCUCGAGUUUAUUCAAUAGAAAAGAAUGAUCUACACAAUCAUAAGCUUUGGAGAGAGCAAAAAAUAGACCCAGUGAUAUCAUAUUAUUUUCAAGGCAUUCUAUGAUGUUUGUGGCUGAAAGAAUAGAUCGCCGUGUUGAUGGAUUUCCUUUUUACAAACCCAUGUUGUGACUCUGCAAUUAAGUUAUUACAAAUCAUAUGGUGCAUAAUUCUUGAAUACAUCACGAACUCAAAAAGCUUCGCGAAACAAGAAAGUAAAGUUAUUGAUCUAUAAUUUAGCAAGUCACUAUAAAAACACUUAUUUGUUAGAAAUGAUUUCAUCUGAUUUUUGAAAUUGAUUAAUGUCGGUCCUUUUUGAAUACAAUCUUUUAAAUUAUUGAACAUUUUACAACCCAAGUUACUCAAAUAUUUCUUAUAUGCUGCAGCAUGAUGCUGAGGGGGUAUCAGCAAAUCUUUAGAUCGAGUUUGAUAAAUGUGUUCUUCUUUGUUGUUGAAGAGGUUCAAUUGAUUUUUAGGCACAAACAUUGAUAAUUCAUAAAUGUAAAUAUAAGCUACUGUUAAAAUUAUCAAGGAUCGAAAAUAAUCCGUACAAGAUUCACGCCAAUUAAGAUUUUUAAUAAUUCUUAUAACGUAUUUCUGGAGAAGAAAAACUCUAUCUAAUGAUGAGCUGGAUCCCAGCUUGAAAUGUGACAUCUAUCUAUCCAAGAUUUAGUAAUUGAAGCAAACCACAUGGCUGUCGCACCAUAUCCUGCCUGCUGAUUAUUCACGAAGUUCUGUUUUAUUUAGGUAGGCACAGUAGAACUGUUACAAGAGUUGACAGAUGUUGACAUAUUGAAUGAGUCUGAAGAAGGUGCUGAAGCUCUUUUGGAAGCACUACUAGAACACCAGAUUCUAGCCCUAUUAGUGCAAAACUUAGAGAGACUUGAUGAAACUGUUAAAGAAGAAGCAGAUGGGGUACACAAUACUCUCUCAAUUGUGGAAAACUUGACAGAAUUAAGAUCAGAAAUUACUACCGAAGCUGGAAAGCAAGGAUUACUUGGAUGGUUAUUGAGACGAUUAAAAGUCAAAGGGCCAUUUGAUGGAAACAAGCUGUAUGCAAGUGAAAUGAUGUCAAUUUUAUUACAAGAUAAUGAGAAGAACCGAACAAUGUUAGGUGAAAUGGAUGGAAUAGAUACACUUCUCCAACAAUUGGCUUUCUACAAACGUCAUGACCCAGCAUCAGCAGAAGAACAUGAAUAUAUGGAGAAUUUGUUCAAUUGCUUGUGUAGUGCUCUAAUGGUUGUCCCCAAUCGUGACAAGUUCCUUAAAGGUGAAGGUUUGCAACUGAUGAAUCUUAUGUUGCGAGAAAAGAAGACAUCUAGGAAUGGGUCUCUGAAGGUUUUGGAUUAUGCCAUGUCUGGACCUUAUGGGAAAGAUAACUGCAAUAAGUUUGUAGAUAUUUUAGGUUUAAGAACAAUAUUUCCAUUGUUUAUGAAAACACCAAAAAAGAACAGGAGGAAGGUCUUAUCCACUGAGGAACAUGAAGAGCAUGUCUGUUCAAUUAUAGCCUCAAUGUUAAGGAAUUGCAAAGGCUCUCAAAGGCAGAGGCUAAUAAGUAAAUUUACAGAAAAUGAUCAUGAGAAAGUCGAUAGAUUGUUGGAAUUGCAUUUCAAAUAUCUGGAAAAAGACGCAGAGAAGGAAGGAAGGCCGCGAACGUCAGUAACAGAGGAAAACUUUACUGCUGUGAGGAACAUGCUUGACGAACUAGAGAGUGACAUACCAACAGAUAGAGGAGACCUUACACCUUCAUGCACCAGCAAUUCAUUCCAUUCUGCAUGACCAUUUACACGUAGAUGCCAUCGACAGCGCCCUAAACGAAGAAGAAACCGAAGACGACGACGACUCCAUCUACCUGAAGCGCUUGGAAGGUGGCCUGUUCACUUUACAGCUGGUCGACUACAUCAUCCUAGAAGUUUGCAACUGCGGUUCGCCAAGCAUCAAGCAGCGUGCGGUGCAGAUCUUGAACCUGAGAGGCGCAUCUCUGAAGACAAUCAAGCAUGUGAUGCGCGAAUACGCGGGAAAUCUAGGUGAUGAGGGCGAUCAGGAAUGGCGGGACGAGGAGCAACAGCAUAUUCUCAAUUUGGUCGAUAAGUUUUAAGUUAUUUAUUAUUAUAGGCUCACGUAUUAGUUGUAUAUCUUAUGUUUGAAUAAAAUCUUCACCAUUUUUAGUAGAGUAUUAGGAAUAAUAUUAUUAUACAUUUUUAUAUUUUAUUUUCCAAGCCACUGGUGAACAAGUAUUGUAAUCUCAAAACAUAAAAACAAUGAGAUAUAUUUUCUAGCACGUACACCACGAAAAACUAAUGACUCAUUUCCGUCUGUCUGGCUGUUCGUUAAUCCUCCGCCCGCUCGGAUUUUGAUAAAACUGAAGGGUACUACUGUGCCAAGGACGAAUAAGCUUUACAGUUUUUGAAAAUGGCUUCUGUAGCGGCGGAGCUGGGGGCAAAAAACUCAAUUUUCGUUUUUUUAACUUUCAGAGGCUCCUCAUUUUUUGAAAAAAUCCAGUAGUGGUUAAAAUCAGGGGUUGUUGAAGUUUCAUUUAUGGUAUCAGUGAAAUACGUCCUACUUUAAAAAGCAUCUGUCAGAUGUGUACUAUUACUGGGAUCUAGAACAUCUUUUACGUUAGACGCUACACUAUACCUCAUUCAUAGUCCAUUUACUCCCAGACAAAACUACAUGCUCAAAAGCGAGAUUGUGUAUGUCCGUAUUUUUCUCAAUGAUCUUGGAAUAGUCUAACAAAAUAAAUGAUUAUUUUUAUAGAAAGAAGUGCACAUACUUUUCACAAUUCUUUAUUCGCUGGAAGACUUGAAUAAUCGUCCGAGUGGUUAAUAUUAAUUAUUACAGGUUCAAUUUGAAUAUCGAUCAUAUUGUCCAGAUCCCACAUCUUUGUUUCAAUUGUCUCUUGAAGGUGACGGAUGUAAUCUUUCUAGUGGUUUGUUGUCGCUCUGUUGACAGCUUCAUAAAAUAAAUUUUUCACGUCAGAAAAUUUGAAUGUUCUAUUGUUUGAAGCCACAUAGUUUUUUAUAUUUGCCCAAAUCAUUUCAUUGAGAUUUAAUUUGCAGCCAUUUCGUCAAUAACAUGAAGAUUAUAUUUAUAUUUGUGCUGCCUGACUAGAUGGAUAAGUUUUGCUUUGACCAUAUUUUCAUUUGGACUAAUGUCUUUUGAUAUGAGCCAUUUUUUUAAUUUCUGACUUUCUUGUGGACAUUGUGGGAAAUUUUUCUUGUUUUCUACUGUGGUGUGCAUUGUCGUCAAGCUUUGGGAGCAUUUAUUCAAACCAUCGUUCAAAUGAACUCCCGUCAAUUUCUUCAUGGUAGUCGGUCGUUUUCUUUGACUCAAAUGCCCAUAGGGCAGUGGGCACAAAGCCAUCUUCACUGCCAAUGUGACAGAUUCCUUUUCCUGGUAUAGUAUUCAAGAAAACUACUAAUAAUACAAGCAGAGUAUGUAACAGGUGUUGGUUCCAAAUGUACCAAAUAUAGCUAAGUUUUCAGCUUGGGCCCAGAGAUUCAGUCUACUAAACACCAUUUUUACAACACAAAUGACGAAUUGGUUAGAUACACGUACCUGACGGAUUUUUUAGGCCAGUGGUUAGUCCAUCUAACAAGGCUUAUCUUGCUGAUUUUAUUGUAGAGUAAGCCCAUACUUUUGUCUUGCAUUUAUCCAGGUUUCAUCCAAGUAAUAAAUCUUCCUGCCCUGGUCGCGGUACUUCUUUAUUGAUUUUAAAUUUCUUCUCCAUAAAAUAAUCUCUUGGCUGUAUUUGAAAAUACUAUUUCUGCCCCGUUUUCUAUACUCAAAAUGAAGUUCUUUGAGUGAACUAUAGAAUGUGGUUCUUUUGAAGGUAGGUAAGUCUUCAUCACUAUUAACCUCCUGUAAUACUUUGUUUAUGGGGUGAAGUUCCUGCUUUUAAAAAAAUUGAUGGACUAAGUGUCUGAUGACAUUCCGACCAAAGUUAUCAACUGUAUCCAACAGCUUCAUGUAAUGCAGUCUCUUGUGUGGUGGAGACAAUUUUUUGUUUUUUUUAUAUUCUUUAACAGUGUUGAGAAUUGUCUUGGAAUAUAAGCCUGUUUUGUUCGUCCACGUUUUUCAAUAUAAUGAAUUUUCAUUCCAGGAUGCCCUAAAAUUUCGCUCUUAUAAACGUUAAGGGCAAUUUCUUUUGCCAGAAUAUUCAAAUGUUCCUUCUUGUCACAUUUUUGGGAAGGAGUUAUCACUGAAGAGGAAGCAUGGCUGAAGGAAUCAUUGGGAGAAAUAUUGUUUCAUUCACACCACAUGCCAACGUAUAAUAUAUAUAUAUUGAAUAUGGUACAUACAUAGCGGUUGGUUCUGAAAAACAGCUGAUGUAACCCGCCAGGUAAAAUAAAGGCCAUUUAUUAUUAUGAACAGCAACUGCUGGCGUCAGCGAUACCCCGAGCCUGAGUUCUAUCCUGUCAAAUCUUGCAUUUGUUCCUUUUUUUGUGGCCAAAUGACCCUUAGCUAUUGCAACGCUUAGGCGGCUGCCGCUUUGCCGUGCUGCAUCUUUGUUGUGCCGGGGCGUAAAUGGACUACGAAUAGGGUAUAGUGUCACUCACACUGUCAAGACAAAUCUAGAGACACCUCAUAUGUCAUAAUCCAUCAAGCUAUGUAAGCAGUAACUCGUGAAAUAGGAAUUCAAGGUUGAUUCUCUUUUUAUUAUAUUGAAGAGCACUCAAUUUUCAAUCGCCGGCAACCACCCCCUCCCGCUCGGACUCGGAAAUCUUGAAAAACAUGAGUUCUGGGACCAUCAUUGAGAUAUAAUACAAAAGGAGACGCUACUGUCAUAUAAAUCAUGCUAUUGAUAAAGGGACCCGUGGGUGGAACUUAGUCGCUUAACAAUAUGGCGGAUUUGCCAGGAUCGUAUCUGUUUUUAAUGUAUUUAUUUGAUUUGAUUGAAUUUAUGCUAUAUGUAAAUUAUAUCAUUUGCUACACUUAUGUAUUUAGAAAAAAUCUAUCUAUAAUAUAUAGUGUGUCCCACUUACUUCAACAUUUGUGUUGUUUGACCGAUUUUCAUAAACUUAUUUUUGUUGAAUGGUCAAAAAUCUCAGUUUGCGGAUAUUCAGAAAAUGUAAGACACGACCCAAUACUGUAUUCAAGUUUUAAGAGCGAAGAAUCGAGAAUUACUAUAAGCGAUAUUUGAAAAAAGUUACACCUGCUUAUUACUCAGGAUCACCUAAAACAUAUGUUCACCAAAUUUGGUUGUGAUAGUAUACUGUUAGUUGGAGUCGAAUUCUUAGAGGUGCAAUAGAUUUCCCGAUUAAAUA